GAGCCGCAGCCCGGAGCCGCAGCCGGAACCGCCCGGCCCGGGAAGAGGGUCCCGGCGGGUCCCGGAGGUGGGGGGGGGGUCCUGAGGAGUGGUGGUGGUGGUGUUGGUGGUCCCCUUCUGAUUGGAGGAUGGUUGUUCUCAGGCAGUUUGGGCUGCUGCUCUGGAAGAACUACAUCCUGCAGAAAAGGCAGAUCCUGGUGACACUCAUCGAGGUCUCUCUGCCGCUGCUCUUUGCCGCCAUCCUCAUCGCUCUGCGGCACCGGGUUCACUCCGUCAGCCACCCCAACACCACCAUCUACCCCCCAGAGCCCGUAGGGGACCUGCCAAGCUUCUUCCACCACCGGCACCUCAGCAACCCCUGGGAGUUGGCUUAUGUCCCCUCCAACAGCAGCGCCGUCAGGAGCAUCGCCGAGGCGGUGGAGAGGGCUUUACCCAUCAACAUCAGAGCUCAGGGUUUCUCCUCAGAGCGGGACUUUGAGGAGUACAUCCAUGCUGACAACCGCUCGGGCAGUGUCCUGGCUGCCCUGGUUUUCCGGCACCACUUCCCACAGCCCUCGGCCCCACUGCCCCUCCAGGUUGAUUAUGAGCUAAGGUUCAAGUACAGCCCCAGGAACGCGCCACGGAGCGAGCAGACGGGGCUGAACCCCAACCUGGACAGGGACUGGCACACCAGUUACCUCUUCCCCCUCUUCCAGUUGCCAGGACCCCGGGAGGCCAAGUUUGCUGAUGGGGGAACUCCAGGUUACAUCCGAGAAGGUUUCCUGGCAGUGCAGCACGCUGUGGACAGGGCCAUCAUGCGGUACCACGCCAACACCAGCUCCACCAGCCUGCUGGAGAACAUCACCGUGGUGGUGCAACGCUUCCCUUACCCACCCUACGUCAACGACCUCUUCCUCCUGGCCAUCCAGAACCAGCUGCCCCUGCUCCUCAUGCUCAGCUUCACCUACACCUCCCUCAACAUCGUCCGCGCUGUCGUGCACGAGAAGGAGAAGAAGCUGAAGGAGUACAUGCACAUGAUGGGCCUCAGCAACUGGUUGCACUGGAGUGCCUGGUUCCUCAUGUUCUUCCUCUUCCUCCUGGUGUCUGUGUUUUUUGUCACCGUGCUCUUCUGUGUCAAGGUGAGUGAACAGGGAGCUGUGCUCACCAACAGUGACCCCACGCUGGUGUUCACCUUCCUUGCCAUCUUCUCCAUCUCCUCCAUCUCCUUCAACUUCAUGGUGAGCACCUUCUUCUCGAGAGCAAACGUUGCAGCUGCUGCUGGUGGCUUCCUCUACUUUUUCUCCUACAUCCCUUACUUCUUCAUCUCCCCCCGCUACGACCUGAUGUCCCACAGCCAGAAGCUGUCCUCCUGUCUCAUCUCCAACGUGGCCAUGGCCAUGGGGGCACAGCUUAUAGGAAUGUUUGAAGGAAAAGGGACUGGCAUUCAGUGGAAGGACCUGAUGAAACCUGUCAGUGUGGAUGACAACUUCACCUUGGCCCAAGUGCUGGGGAUGCUGCUCCUGGACUCGGUGCUGUAUGGCACGGUGGCCUGGUACGUGGAGGCUGUGUUCCCCGGGGAGUAUGGUGUUCCUCAGCCCUGGUACUUCUUCUUGACGCCCUCCUACUGGUGUGAGCGCCCCAGGACUGUGGUGGGGAAAGAAAAGGAGGAGGAGGAGGACCCUGAGAAAGCCCUGAAGAGCCAAUACAUUGAGGAGGAACCUGCUGACCUCGUGUCAGGGAUCAAAAUAAAGCACCUGUCUAAGGUCUUCAAAGUGGGAAACAAGAUGAAAGAGGCAGUCAAGGACUUAACAGUGAACAUGUAUGAAGGGCAGAUCACUGUCCUGCUGGGACACAACGGUGCAGGGAAGACCACCACUCUGUCCAUGCUGACAGGUCUGCACUCUCCAACCAGUGGCCAGGCAUACAUCAAUGGCUACGAGAUCUCCCAGGACAUGGUCCUCAUCCGCCGCAGCCUGGGCUUGUGCCCCCAGCACGAUGUGCUCUUCGACAACAUGACCGUGGAGGAGCACCUCCACUUCUAUGCAGGGCUGAAGGGGUACCCAGCCUCCAAGUGCCCCGAGGAGAUCAGCCACAUCCUGAGGAUCCUCAGCCUGGAGGACAAACGCCGCUCCCUGACCAAGGCGCUCUCGGGCGGCAUGAAGCGCAAGCUCUCCAUUGGCAUUGCCCUCAUUGGGGACUCCAAGGUGGUGAUGCUGGAUGAGCCAACUUCAGGGAUGGACCCAGCCUCUCGCAGGGCCACCUGGGACCUCCUGCAGCAGCAGAAGAGCAACCGCACCAUCCUGCUGACCACCCACUUCAUGGAUGAGGCUGACCUGCUGGGGGACCGUAUAGCCAUCAUGGCCAAGGGAGAGCUGCAGUGCUGUGGCUCCUCACUCUUCCUCAAGAGGAAAUAUGGGGCUGGAUAUCACAUGGUGAUGGUGAAGGAGCCCUACUGUAACCUGGGGGAGAUCUCACGUCUCAUCUGUCACUACGUCCCCAAUGCCACCAUGGAGAGCAAUGCUGGGGCAGAGCUGUCCUUCAUCCUGCCCAAGGAGAGCACACACAGGUUUGAGGCCCUGUUCACAGAGCUGGAGCAGAGGCGGGAGGAGCUUGGCAUCGCCAGCUAUGGUGCCUCGGUCACCACCAUGGAGGAAGUCUUCCUCAGGGUUGGGAAGCUGGUGGAUUCCAGCAUGGAUAUCCAGGCUAUCCAGCUGCCUGCUCUCCAGUACCAGCACGAGAGGCGUUCCAAUGACUGGGCCAUGGAUGACUCCAGCAGCCUGAGUGGCAUGACAGAUAUGACAGAUGACAGCGGGGCACUCAUCACCGAGGACUGCUCCAGCAUCAAGCUCAACACCGGGUUCUACCUGUGCUGCCAGCAGUUCUAUGCCAUGUUCAUGAAGCGAGCCAUGUACAGCUGGCGCAACUGGAAGAUGGUGGCAGCUCAGUUCCUCGUGCCUCUCAUCUUCACUGCCUUCGCCCUCAUCGUGGCCAAGACCUUCCCGGGACCCCGGGAUUCCUCCAUGCUGAGGUUGACACUGGAGCCCUACGGCCAGACCAUUGUGCCUUUCUCCAUCUCGGCCACCUCGGAUGUGUCACAGAGGUUGGCAGAGCAGUACGUGGAGCUGCUGGAUGCCCAGCACCAGUCACCGCUGGAGGUGCUGGGUGGCCUGGAGGAAUACCUCAUCUCCAGGGCUUCUGAGGAAGGGGGAGCCUUCAACGAGCAUUUCAUCGCAGCCGCUUCCUUUGCAGCCAGCGGGAACCGCACGGUGGUCACCGCGCUCUUCAACAACCAGGCCUAUCACUCCCCUGCCACCACCCUGAUGCUGGCUGACAACACUGUCUUCAGGCUGCUGGCAGGCCCCAAUGCCUCCAUCACAGUCACCAACUACCCCCAGCCCCGCAACAUCACCGAGAAGGCCAAGGACCAGCUCAUGGAAGGCCAGACAGGCUUUGCCAUUGCCAUCAACCUGCUGUAUGGCAUGGCCUCCCUGGCCAGCACCUUCGCUCUGCUCCUGGUCAGUGAGAGGGCCAUCAAAGCCAAGCACGUCCAGUUUGUCAGCGGCGUCUACGUGGUCAACUUCUGGCUUUCUGCCCUGCUCUGGGACAUCAUCAACUUCCUCAUCCCAUGUGCUCUGAUGCUGGUGAUAUUCCAGGCCUUUGAUGUGCAAGCCUUCACCCAAGACAGCCACCUCGUUGAUGUGAUGCUGAUUUUCCUCCUUUAUGGCUGGGCCAUCAUCCCCCUCAUGUACCUUCUCAGCUUCUUCUUCUCGGUGGCAGCCACAGCCUACACCCGUCUCACCAUCUUCAACAUCCUCUCAGGGACAGCCACCUUCCUUGCGGUCACCAUCAUGAGCAUCCCAGAGCUGGGCUUGGUGGACCUCUCCAAAACCCUGGACAAAGUCUUUCUCAUCUUACCCAACUACUGCUUGGGCCAGUGCAUCAGUGAUUUCUACCAGAACUACGAGUUCAUUCAGUUUUGUACCUCCUCUGUGGAAGCCAUCUUCAUCUGCAAGGCAUUCAAUAUCAGUUAUCAGAUGAACUACUUCUCCUGGGAGACACCUGGGAUUGGACGAUACCUGACCUCCUUGGCCGUCCAGGGUUUCUCCUUCCUCUUCCUCCUUUUCCUCAUUGAGACAAACCUUCUCUGGAGGCUGAGAACUUUGGUCUGCAGCAUCUGCAGGCGACGGAAAUGGGUGGCACUGCUGAACAGGGUGUCUGUGCUGCCAGAGGACCGGGAUGUGGCAGAUGAGAGGAAAAAGGUUUUAGAGUCACCACCAGAGUUGCUGUCAUCUCUCAGCAGCCCUCUUGUCAUCAAGGAGCUCACCAAGGUCUAUGACAGCCAGGAGUCCCUGCUGGCAGUGGACAGGAUCUCCCUGGCUGUCAGCAAAGGGGAAUGCUUUGGGCUGCUUGGCUUCAACGGAGCAGGCAAAACCACCACCUUCAAGAUGCUGACAGGUGACGAGAGCAUCACGUCAGGGGAUGCCUUUGUGGAUGGUCACAGCAUUCUAGCCAACAUCAAGAAGGUCCAGCAGCGGAUCGGGUACUGCCCACAGUUUGAUGCCCUCCUGGAGCACAUGACAGGGCGGGAGACCCUGAGCAUGUACGCCCGGCUGCGCGGCAUCCCCGAGCGCUACAUCGGCAGCUGCGUGGAGAACAUGCUGAGGGGGCUGCUCCUGGAGCCCCACGCUGACAAGCUCGUCAGGACCUACAGCGGGGGGAACAAGAGAAAGCUGAGCGCCGGCGUCGCCCUCAUCGGUGGCCCCCCCGUGAUCUUCCUGGAUGAGCCUUCCACUGGCAUGGAUCCUGUGGCCCGACGCUUGCUCUGGGAUGCGGUGACACGGACGAGGGAGUGUGGCAAAUCCAUCAUCUUCACCUCUCACAGCAUGGAGGAGUGCGAGGCCCUGUGCACACGUUUGGCCAUCAUGGUGAACGGGCAGUUCAAGUGCCUGGGCAGCCCCCAGCACCUGAAGAGCAAGUUUGGCAGUGGCUACACCUUGCUGGCCAAAACACGGAGUGAGGAGGAGGGAGAGCUGGAGGCCUUCAAGGCCUUUGUGGAGAAGACUUUCCCAGGCAGUGUCCUGAAACACGAGCACCAGGGCAUGGUGCAUUAUCACUUGACCAACAAGAAUCUCAGCUGGGCACAGGUCUUUGGGGCCUUGGAGAAAGCCAAAGAGAAGUAUCACUUGGAAGACUACUCCGUGAGCCAGAUCUCCCUGGAGCAAGUCUUCAUGAGCUUCACCCGCUUCCAGCACUACACAGAGGACAGAGGGAAAUGAGGCCAAGCCCCCACCAGUGCCCUUCCUCAUGGACUGGCCCUGCUGCCUGUACACAGUAUAUAGAGAGACAGUAAUUUAUAUAUUGGCGUGGCUUAAAUAAUGUAUAAAUGUAUGAAACUUUGCAGGGGGGAGGGGGGUGUCCCACCCUCUGCCCUUGGGGAGCCAAGGGGUGCGUGGGGCACAGCUGCUCUCCAACCUCCUUUCCCGUCCAUACAGCAAAAAACAAAGCCCCAGAAGCAGGGAGGGAGGAGCCUGGAUGGAGAGGGGUGUUGGGGAGUGGACAGGCAGGGGAUGUUGUCCCCAGUGGCCCCACGCUCCCUUCUCCCAUGCCCAACGUUCACCCCCAUCGGGACCAACCUCCCUGUUUGGGACCAGACUCUUGGGACUCAUUCCAGUGACAGGACAAGGGGCAGUGGUCACAAACUGGAGCAGAGGAGGUUCAGCCUAAACUGAAGGAAGAACUUCUUUCCAGUGCUUGUUACUUUUCCACUAACAGGCUGCCCCAAAGAGGUGGUGGAGUCUUCAUCUCUGGAGACACUCAAACCCCACCUGGACACCACCUUGUGCAACCUGCUCCAGGUGACCCUGCUGCUCUGGCAGUGGGGUUGGUGGACUAGAUGAUCUCCAGAGGUUCCUUCCACCCCGUAACAUUCUGUGAUGCUGCUCUGUGGUCUUUGCCUGCGUGUCGAGGUGUUUGCUGGUGGCUCUGGAAGCUGAGGGAGAGAUCAGAGCUAAAUCCUUCUCUGGGUUAAUUGGGAUGUGCUGGGGUUGUCUUUAGAAGGACUUUGUGUCGGGCUGGAGGGGGCAAGGCAAGCUUCCCUCCCCACAGAGGUGGCUCCAUCCCCCUUAACCUCUUAGAAGAUGCUGUCUUCUCCUGCCUGCUUGUCCUGGGGUGGAGGUAAGGCAUACUGGGGAGCUGGCUGUGCCUUGCUGGUGUCAAAGAGGAUGGAGAUGUGGUCACGGAGAUGGUUCUGGAGCCUGGGACCUUGGCACAGCAGUAGGGGUGGGUAGGAGGUGUCACAGGGUGCCUGGGGACACUGCUGGGUGACUGUUGCCUCCAUGGCAGGGUUGCAGCAGCAGGAUGUUCUCACUGUGUCCGUGUUCUCCUCUGCUCACCCCAGACACCCCACAUGCCUCUGAUCAGAGCCCACCCAUCCCAUCUCCCCCUCCUUGUCCCCAUCCCCUCCACACCAGGCCAGGCAGGUUGGGGUGUUAGGCACCAGCCCUGCCCACCCCAAGGCAGAGGCACAACUGGGAUUUCUUUUUUUUUGGCAUUUCCCAGUGGUCAGGUGGGGUUUUUUGUUUUGGUUUGGUUUGUUUCAGUUUGUUUGUUUGUUUUCUAUGUGUGUUGAUUCUUGUCUGUCUAUAACUUGUCCCUGUGUCACCUGGGGACAGUCCCCUCUGGGCGGCUGCCCCAUGAUCAAUGCAGAGCUAUUUGCACUAUAGUAAUACACACACGAUUGCACAUAAGGAAAUUAAUUGGUAUUUAUGGGGAGGGGGGGUGGUUGCUGAUUCCCUUCUAAUGAUUGCAUUGUCAGGGGGUGGGUUGUAUUUUGACGUUGGGUUUUUUUCUUUGUUCCUCUGACCAGCUCAUUCCUUCCUGUUCCACUUUUGGUUUGGUUUUGUUUUUUCUUCCCCCCCCCCCUCCUUUGCCUAAUGUUGUUCAGACCAAUGGUGCAUCAUGUUACUAAGACUUUCCCUGGAUCUUAA